AUGGUUUCUUCUAUUCUCACUACCUCACUCUCCCACUCAAGGGUCCAAAAGUGUUUUCUCUUCUUCAGUUUCUCUUUCUCUUUUUGACAGAAGAGAUCGAGAGAAACGAUGGGAAGGGCUCCGUGUUGUGAGAAAAUCGGGUUGAAGAGAGGUCGAUGGACCGCCGAGGAAGAUGAGAUUCUCACCAACUAUAUUCAAACCAAUGGUGAAGGUUCUUGGCGAUCUUUGCCUAAGAAAGCUGGAAGAACAGACAACGAAAUUAAAAACUAUUGGAACUCACAUCUCAGCCGCAAAAUCUACGCCUUCACUGCCGUUUCCGGAGAUGAACACAAUCUAGUCGUCGACGAUUUAGUCCUGAAGAAAUCUUGUUCUUCGUCUACUGGAGCCAAGAACAAUAACAAGACCAAGAAGAAGAAGAAAGGAAGAACUAGUAGGUCAUCCAUGAAGAAACACAAGCAAAUGGUGACGGCCUCGCAAUGUUUCUCACAACCUAAAGAGCUAGAGAGUGAGAUCAGUGAGGGAGAGAAAAAUGAUAAUUUCGAAGGAGAGUCUUUGGGGCCUUAUGAGUGGUUGGAUGGUGAGAUAGAACGGCUCUUGAGUGGUUGUGUAUGGGAGUGUACUAGUGAAGAGCCUGUGAUUGGAGUAAAUGAUGAAAAGGUUUGUGAGAGUGGGGACAAUAGUAGUUGUUGUGUCGGUUUGUUUGAAGAAGAACAAGGAAACAAGACAAAGAUUGGUCACAUAGGAAUUACAAAGGUUGAUGAUCAUGAUCUGAAGGUGGAAAAGGAAAGAGAGGGAAGUGUUUUGAGUUCGACUUCGAAUGAAAAUAAUGAUGAAGAUUGGUGGGUUGGUCUAUGUAAUUCUUCAGAAGUUGGGUUUGGGAUUGAUGAGGAGUUGCUUGAUUGGGAGUUUCAAGGUGAUGUGACUUGUCAAAGUGAUGAUCUCUGGGAUCUCUCAGACAUUGGAGAGAUAACAUUGGAGUGAUACUACCGAGCAAGUGGAUCGCACAUGAGAAGGCGUAGAAACCCAAUAAAACAUCGAUCUUUUUAUUGUAAAGUCUAGUGUUUUGUUUGGUUAUAGUGGAUCUUGUAGUUAUGUAGUAGCUUGUUGGAGUGUGUUUAGAGAGUUCUGAGAUGUACUUUCUAGUUUGCAGAACGUUAUGCCUUUUUUUUUGUGAUUUCGAAUUUGUUGCUAGUUAUAAUGUUUGUUUGUUCUUUUUUUUUUUAUGUGAAUAUUCUGAAAUAAUGAUGAAUAUAUUGGGAAUUUUAGA